CGAUUGACACCUGUCAAAAGAUCCUCGUUUUGAUGUGGCGUCAUUCACAAUGCAAAAGCCGCAGCCAUCAACUCUUUCAAGCUUCGUAGCUGAAACCAAUUGAAACAAGAGCUCAUCCGCCAAAACGAAGCAAAGCAAUCACAAACUUUGUUCCCACCAUUCUUAUUCAUCUGUCCCUCACAUCACGCAAGUUAUUUAGUUCCACCAUGAACCGAUUCCUUUCUACCCUUCUCUCUCUGUUCGCCUUGCUCGGCUCGACCAUGGCCUUUGUGCCACCCUCCCGGACUGCCAUGCCAGCCACCACCACUGCCCUUCCGACGACCUCUGCCAUUCAUUUCCCUCCCGCCCUUCAGAGACAACGAAAGUCCAUGGCACCUGUGCAGACCAUGAGCUUGUUUGGACUUGGAGCUCCGGAAUUGGCCAUUAUUCUGAUUGCUGCUGCCUUUUUGCUUGGGCCCUCCAAGUUGGCCGAAUUGGGGAAAGAUGCCGGAAAGAUCGCUGGAGAACUCAAAGAAGUACCCAAGGAAUUCCAAAAGGGAUUGUCAGAGGGUGAAGCAGAAGCUGCUGCCAUGAGGUCGGCAGCUGCUCCCGCCGAAAUUUUGGAAAAGAAGGAAGACAAGUAAAGAGACUGAAAACAGAACACGAAUUAGGCCAGGAUGGAUAUCUUUUAAUCAAUUGAACAAGACACCUUUGGUUGUUUGUCACAGUUGGUUAGUUUGACAGACAAAGCAAUUGGUGGAAACAAGUUGCGUCGUUACCGUUCGUUGUCGUCAUCUUGGGACAAGUGUGGGCUUUGGGGAAGCGAGCAAUCAAUGAAAACUUACUUGAAGGAGCUCACUCUUCUAAGAUGGCAAACAACCUAUGAAGCUAUUACACAAGACAAGGAAAUCUAUAGAAAAUAAUCAUAGGCGGUUAUGUCUUUAUACAUC